AUGCCAGUCGACUUGGAUAAUGGCUUCCAGGGUUUCCCUGGAGCUGGAAUGGACCUGGCAGAAGACGAGCUUGAUGACGAUAUCUAUCGGAACUACCACUUCCAACACCCAGACCCAACAUGGGCUGACCGUUUGGAAGAGGCAGGCGAGGUAAUAAAAACCCAACGAGAGUUCACAAGUCAUGGCCAGGUUGAUGAAUUCUUUCGUCGCUUCGGGGACGUCACUCGUCAAUGUAACGAUCACACAGGCAACAUCCUCCACAUGCUUGUUGAAGUGGUCAAGCAUAAUGGCCUGAUACCAGAGAAUGUAGAACUACUCAUUAGGAGAUUGGUAGACCAGGCUCCAGAUCUCAUUUCAGUCCCUAACAAGGACAAGAAAACUCCUAUCUUGAUGGCCAUCAGGUGGUGCCAAGACCGCCUACUGGAGUACAUGAUAUCUACUUGCGUCAACCACAAGAACCAGCCAAAUGGAAUCGAAUGCCUCAACACUGCCUUAUGUUAUGCCCAUGACGGGGAGGAAACAGCACUCCAUGCCGCAUUUGGGGAGAAACUCAACUGGAAAUCGUUAAAGAUGUUAAUGGAACACGCCACCAACGAAACUCUUAGUAUCGGAGAUAAUAUGAAGAAGACGCCGAUGCAUCAUGCAGUCCAAUUUCAAAAGUGCAACCAGCAAAGAGCAGCACUUAUCGACUUGCUCAUUCAAAAGGACUCCGUUGAGAGGUUACACAAGCCAAAGUCAACAACGACCUUUCUUGAUAUAUGCGACAGAAAUGGUUGCUCUGUAUUCCAAGAGCAUGAGGAUACAAGAAGCGGUUGGGUACAACAGAUGAUCCGAUCGAGGUCCCUUCCAAAGUCAGCCCCAGAUCCUCCCGAUCUACAGAGAACAGGGGACAGACUACUUCCCAGGGAUUUAAAGUCACAAACCAGAGGCAGAGAAUCAAAGACCGACGCGCCGACCAAAGUAUCCAGAGACCGCAAUGGAGAGACAUCCGUUCGGAAAGUUCAAGCAUUGACUGCUACCGAAGAACGCGAGCUACUGAGGCAAAGGAUGAAAGAGGAGGAGCAAGCCAGACUCAAAAAAGACGAUUUCUUUGUCAAAGACUACAAGCCAAUUGAUAAUGGCGAAUAUGGUCACAGAGACUCGAGUCCAUACCGCUCGGGGAAAAAGCCAGACAUAGACAAAUCAAUGCAGGUCAAGAUUGUCGAUCCCGUUCGCCAAACAGAAACCGCUCCAAAUACUGGAGUCAGACGGACCAACACGGGCCGUGAGUCUGACAGCGGAGCCACGGAGGCCGAUCAGUUGGUGGGAGCAGCACAGAAAGAACAGAAGAUUCGCAAUCAUAUCAACAACUCUAAUAAAAUUCUUCAGAAGCUCAAGCUGUACUAUAUGAGGACGCGCAACCCUGAGAUGGUCAUGUUCUUUCUUUACGGCAACAACAAAAAUGAUAUUCAAACGGGCUUUGACUAUCGUGGAUUACCACCUCAGAUAUCUUGGAAAGACUUCAAGAAGAGGUUUGGUGCAGGUCAGUCGCGAGGGUAUAAGUUCGAUCCCGUCCUACAAUAUGCAACAUUUCCAUGCGUCAAAGUCAUCGACAAGCCCAGUCCAUCGGAAAAAGAAGCAUUUGAGAAAGCUUCUGAUAGAUCACCAUCUGGCCGCAAAGAUGUCAAAUAUUUUCUUGACUGGCUUUAUGAAAAGGGCGUGCGGCAUAUCAUUAAGCUUUCGGUUGAAGAGCCAAGCGAUGCGGAACAGGAAGUUCAUGGCGAUCAGAAUAUCCAAGAGACCUUGGGGAAAUUUGUCAUUGAGCACCUUGAUUGGAAGAAGACGGACUUGGAUCCAGAGACAAUAUUACAUAUCGGCAGCCAGAUAGAAAAGUCGUCUUGUGAGGGCUUGAACGACCACGACCCGGUCGUAGAAUCACAGAUGAGAAAGCUAACUCUAAUAUGGAGUGGUAGUAACGCUGUCCUAAGGGCUUGGAGCGAUGAAGAUGCUUUGCCAAAGAUGCGGUUUCUUCAGGAAGUUGAGAUUAUUCGGCCACUACCCCACAUGAUUUGUGACAGCAAGGAGUGGAUUGACAACAGGAUCAGAGACUUUGAGCGCAGGCUCAACAAGAAUCGCAGUUCUCUUGGAGGAGAAUUGCCAUCUUCUAGCCAUGAGGUGCCUUUUGACGACUCUUCAUCAGGGCAUAUCCGAGUCAAGUUGGUCGAUCCCAGCACUGGCACCAAACAAGGGGUGACGCCACAUGGCGUGCAACCCACCACUUUUCUUGCUUCCGACAAAGGCAUUAAUCCUCAUCAGUGGUUGAGGUCUGUUGAAGAAUUUGCAUCUGUCAUGGAACCAUUCUGGAACAGCACGGUCAACAGGUUUCUAGAUAUGAACCAAAAUAUGGGAACCACCGAACGAGCUGAGAAGCCUGUGACUAUAGCGCUGAUUGAUGAUGGUGUGGACAAAUUUGAGAUUGACCAACCGAACCAAAUCCUCGAAGGAAAAAGCUUUGACUUUGACGAUGAGAGAGUUAACCCACCAUACUUAUCUGCAAAACGCCACGGCACAACGAUGGCUCGUAUGAUACUACGUGUUUGCCCGAUGGCUGAGAUAUAUCCCAUACGCCUGAAGACAUUCAACGAUCCCAAUGGUAACUUAACUAUCCAUGCUGACUAUGCAGCUCGUGCAAUUCAAGCAGCCUUGGACAAGAAAGUAGAUAUCAUUUCCAUGUCGUGGACCUUGCCAAUGGAAAAUAGUCAAAAUGCCGACAACCCUGUUCGCAGCGUCCUACAACAAGCUAUAAAUGGAAACGUCUUGAUGUUUUGUUCUGCACCAGACAAAGGAAAGUUUACUGGAGCUGACUACCCUAGUGCUCCAUUUCCUACAAAGUUCUUCCGCAUUGGGGCAGCGAAUGCGGACGGUACUGUGUUUAACUGGACGCCUGAAGAUAUCACUUUCAUCUUGCCCGGCGUACAUGUGAUUGAGGAUCAGAUCCGAAGAAAGUCUUCUAUUUCAACUCAAGGAACGGUAAGUCAAGAACACACCGGAUCUAGCGUAGCCACUGCUCUCGGAGCUGGUCUUGCUGCCAUGAUACUAUAUUGUCUCAAGGCUAGCAUUCUUGGAAUUAAGAUUGCGAACCGCAACAGUGAUGCUAUCCCUGCCAUUCCUGCGGAGCGCUUGAAGCAAAUUAAGCAACGAGAUGCUAUGAGAGGGGCAUUCGAGAGUUUGGGUUCCCUUACUUCGCAUAAAUUCAUUCAGGUGUGGGAAGAGUUAGGUAAGGUGACCGAGAUCUUGAGGAACUGGGAACGGGUGGAAUCAGACCCAGAAGCAAGCUUGAAGUUCAUGAAGGAGUUUAUAGAGGAGUUCGGAGUCAAGCUUGCUAAUUCAGUGAAAUAG